AGUUUUAUAUAAUAAAAAAUAGAAUUAUUAGAACAAACCUAUAUAUAUAUAUAUAUAAUUAAUUAAUUUUUAGGAAUGGAAACAAAAAGUAAUAACGCAGAGGUAAGAAGGAAUGAAAAAGUCUCUGCCACCAAACUCUGUCCACUGUCCACCUCAUCUUCCUCCUGUAAAACUCCUCUUCAGUAACCACUAACAAGUCGUCACCUCUUUCUUUUUGUUUUCCCUUCCCACCCACCCCUUUUCUUUUUAUUCUGCGUGUUUGAUGAGAAUAGAAAAAGGGUCCAUGCAGGAGCAAACAAGGGUUGAGUCAUGGUUUUGAAAAAUUUCUGGGAUCAUCAUCAUCAUCAACAACAACAUAUUUGUGGUGGUGGUAAAGGAGGAGGGAUAGGUGAGAAUUGCGGUAUUCGUAUACGUUUUGGGUCGAUUCGGGUCAUAUGGAUGAAUUGCCGGGGCCUUUAGGGACGAGUGCCAGCUUGGCUCUGAGAUUGGGACAGGCCAUUUUCUCCAUUUCUUCUCUUCUUUUCAUGUGUUUGGAUGUGGAGUUCUACAGCUACACUGCCUUCUGCUUCUUGGUUACAAUUAUGGGAUUAGUCAUACCUUGGAGUUUAACAUUGGCGUUGGUGGAUGCAUUCUCAGUAUUUGUAAAACGCCCCACUAUUCAACCCGGAAUAAUGUCAAUAGUCGUGAUGGGUGAUUGGGUACUGUCCAUGUUAUCGUUAGCGGCAUCAUCUUCAUCUGCUAGUGUCACAGAUCUACUGAAGGCUUCUGGUGGUUCUUUCUGUACUGCAAAGUUAUGCAGCCGAUAUCAGUUAUCUGCUGCUAUGGCUUUUUUGUCUUGGUUUUUGUCAUUAGCUUCCUCCCUCUUCAACCUAUGGCUUCUUGCUUCUUUAUAGCACCCAAUACUGAAAUUGUGGAUGGGCUUAGGUAGUCAUUUUGUACAGAUUAGCUCCCCUGUGCAAAGAAAUUUUGUUGUUUAUAGAAUUCAUAAUCAUCCAUUUAUCAAGUACUCUCCAAAUGUAUAGUCAUCUUGAAUUCUAAAUAAAUUAUUUGAUAACUAUUUUAUCAGCAGAUUGAUCAAAUUCAUUUAUUUGAAGGCAUUGCAAGUGUUUAGUUAUUGUUUUAGAGAUUAGGUUAAGCCAGUUCAAAGUCAUUCUUGAAAUCUGCUCCCCACCAUCUUGUCUACUACCUAGCCUUCCAUAUCUCAACUGCCACUUCUCCGGGCGAUUCCUCAGGAUAUGCAAAUCCAUGUCACAACUGAAGCAAAUCCAAGCCAAAGUUGUCAUACACCACCAAAGCAUAGGUACCCUCCACAUUCUCAUGGCCUUCACUGCCAACCCUUUUCGGGGGAAUUUGGACUAUUCCCAACGAAUCUUCAAACUCAUUUAAGAACCAACUCUGUUCGUUUAUAAUGUGACCAGUCAGUUCAGAACGGGCCUGUGCCUGUUUGAUGAGUAGAGACAACAUGGUUUACGGCCUGAUUAUUGUUACUUACAUUAAGGUGGUUGGAGAGUUGAAAAUGGUGAGGAAAGGUGAAAAGAUUCAUGGGGUUGUGUUGAAACAUGGAAAUUGGUUUGGUUGCAAUGUAUGUAGCACUGUAACUCAAUCAUGGAUUUUUAUGGUGCAUUGUCAAUGGUUUGAGGAAGGUGUCUGAAUAUAUCGUAUACCAUAUAUGCCUCAGAGACUCAAUUCGUUGAAAUUGGAAUAGCUGAGAAUGUUGAAGUCUAUCUACAGAGAAUUGUGAAGCCCGCCCCGAUAAUUCUUACCGGGACAGUCUGCUUGUCCCACAUCGAUCUUUGAUUGUUCGGAUGCCUUCCAUAUGUAUGUUCUCCCUUGGACGUAUGGCUGCCCGGAUGAUAGUAGUGGGCUUAAGGGUUAAGAUAAAAAUACCUGUAAAAGGCCCAAGUCUGCUAGUCGUAGAAUGUUCCUUCGGGUAUGGAUGGACCACUAUCUGGACGGGCUUUUUUUCUUUUCCAAUCCUGAAUAAAUUGUGAAUUAUUUUGUCUCAAUUUGUUUUUGGUGAAAAAGAGUUUUUUUUUUUU